UUUGUCUCCAUUUAAAUAUCUUCCACGGCUGCCUUCUUCUUCCUCGUCUCUCAAUCAUCUCUCAAUCGGCUCUUUCUGCCAUUUUCGUGAAACCUUAACUCGUCUCUCUCUCUCUCUCUCUCUCUCUCUCUCUCUCUCUUUUCCUUUCAGCGCUAGGAGGCAGAAGCUCUAGUUUGCAAGAAGAGCUUCCGAUUACGGAGCUGCGUAGUUUUUAGCCAACGGAUACACUCUCCUCUUCUCGGCGCUUCUGUGUUUGUUUCAGAACUAUAUAGCGUUGUUGAAACUAAGUUCUACAUGUUCUUGUGAAAGUGGGGAUUUUUAACGUUUUGAAUACGUGAAGAUCUAGGCAGCGAAGGAAAGCCUUCGUGAAACAGGCACGAUGGCCACAGAGCAGUAUGUAGAAUCAGCAAUAGCUGAAAAUGAUUAUAACAUGGAAGAUAUAUCACCUGUAGAGAUCUGCAAGUCUUCUGACACUGUUGUGGAUUCUGAUGAGAGUCCCUGUAAUGGGUUUGAUUGCAAUAUUUGCCUGGAUUCUGUGCAGGACCCAGUGGUUACACUUUGUGGUCAUCUUUACUGCUGGCCCUGCAUAUACAAAUGGCUUCAUUUCCAGGGUAUCUCUGCUGAAAACGAUGAUCUGCAGAUACAGCAGCAAUGUCCUGUAUGCAAGGCUGAAGUUUCUGAAGACACCUUGGUUCCACUCUUUGGACGAGGCCAAACUACAAAACCCUCUAAAAGGAAAGCCCCUAAUCUGGGAAUAAUCAUUCCUAAAAGACCUUUCGGUCUUGCUUGUGGAUUUGAUUCACCAAGAUCAUCUUUCGCAAGUAGUACUCCACGCCCAAGUCCAUCCCAGCAAAUUCAUCACCGAGGUUAUCUUCAUAAUCAAUCUCAAUUAUACUACUCUCAGCCUGGAACAAGUUACCCUGCUGCUACGUCAAUGCUCAGCCCACAUGUGGCAGCGGCAAACAUGUACGAUCCAAUGAUUGGAAUGUUUGGGGAAAUGAUUUAUGCAUGGGUGUUUGGUAACUCCAUAGCCAAUAUUUACCGCUACCCAAAUUCAUAUAAUCUUGCAGGAAGCACCAGUCCUAGAAUGAGAAGGCACAUUUUGCAGGCUGACAAGUCUCUUAGCAGAAUCUGCUUUUUCCUCUUCUGCUGUGUAUUUUUGUGUUUCCUCUCAUUUUGAUUUGUUGAUAUAUAUACCUGUAAAAAUUCACAAGUACAUUAUAGACACAGAAUCAGCCGGUUGUAUUAGGCACCUUAACUAUUGCAUAUCCUGUGCUGCGCCUCCGAAAUUUGUAAUUACGAAUCUUUUUCUGAGCCGAAUGAUUGACGUUUCACUUGGAGUUGGUUGAAA